AUGAGUGCUCAAUUGGCCAAUCUUACCGACAUGAUUUUGAAGAUGUCCAUGUCCUCCUCCAACAACACCAACCAACCCUCAAGUUCUUCUAACCUUCCAUCCCAAUCCCAACCAAAUCCAAAGGGCGAUCUCAACGCCAUCACUCUACGGUUGGGAACUACAUUGAAGGAGAUACCUCCAAUGGUCUUAGAGGGCAUUCAUGAGGAAGAAGUGAUUGUUGAAGCUCCACAUGAAAAGGGGGAGGUGGACAAAAGGCAUGAGAAAGAAGGAGUAAACCUCAAGGAACCCAAGAGGAAAGCUCUAGUGGAUGAGUCCAUCCCUAUUCCAUUUCCUUCCAUGGUGAAGAAGGCAAAGAAGACACCAGAAUUUGAUUUGAACAUGCUUCAAGUAUUCAAGAAGGUUGAGGUAACCAUACCACUUCUUGAUGCUAUUCGACAAAUUCUAAAGUAUGUAAAAUUCUUGAAAGACUUAUGCACACACAAGGAUAGGAUAGGAGAAUUGGAUACAUUAUCCUUGGGUAGUUCAAUUUCUUCCUUGAUGGAACCUAUUCCAAAGAAAUGUGGUGACCCUGGGCCUUGUUUGGUGUCUUGUUGUACUAGUGGACGCACUUUUCAUGAUUGUAUGUGUGACCUUGGAGCUUGUUUAAGCAUCAUGCCUCUUUCUACUUUUGUGCGGUUGAAUUUAGCUCCAUUAAAGAAGUCGGCGGCAAGGUUUGUCUUAGCUGAUAAAAAUGUGAUCAUGGUAACAGGAAUAGCCAAAGAUGUACUUGUGGCGAUCAAGGAUUUGAUCUUUCCGGUUGACUUUUACAUCUUUGAAAUGCCUCCAAUAGAAAAUAGAAGCUCAUCCUCCGUUCUACUUGGUAGACCCUUCCUUAAGACCUCUAAAUUCAAGUUAGAUGUCUUCACCGGCACAUAUUCCUUUGAGGUUGGAGACAAGACUAUCAAGUUCAAUUUAGAAGAAGCCAUGAAGCAUCCUCCCGAACAUGAGACGGAUGACCAAGAGGGUGAACAUGAGAAAGUUGUUGAGAAUAAACUCUGUGAGCUUGACGAAAAGGAACCUCAGCUUGAGGCAAAGAGUGAAUUGAAGCCUCUCCCAUCUCAUUUGAAGUAUGCUUUCUUAGAGGACAACCAGAAGUUUCCGAUCAUUAUUGCUAGUGAGCUUUCUAGUGAAGAAGAAGAAAAGCUCCUAGGUGUUCUCAGAAAGUACAAGAAGGCAAUUGGUUAG